UCUUCUUCGCUCUCCUCUCAACUCUCACGACUGUCUCUCUCUCUCUCUCUCUCUCUCUCUCUCUCUUCCACUCCUCACUCAUCCAUGGCGACAACAGCGGAGGAGAGCAACUCCGCUUCCAAUCCGUCAUACCCCGAGCUGAUUCGAACUGCAAUCUCUGCGCUCGGAGAGACAGAAGGCUCGAGCAAAUUAGCUAUUAUAGAAUACAUCGAGGCCACCUAUGCCGACUCUCUCGGUGAGGGCUAUACGGCGGCGAUCUCGGAAUCGCUGACGAAGUUGAAGGAGAGCGGCGAGCUGCUGUUUGAAAAUAAUCUUUACAUCAAACCCUACCCAAACUCACAGCCGCGCCGAGGAAGGGGCCGCCCUAAAAAGCCCAAGCCUGCGCUACCACCGGGAUCCUCGCCGCCGACCCCGCGGUCGCGCGGCCGGCCUCCGAAGCCCAAAGAUCCCCAAUCAAAUGCAGUGAAUUCUGUCGCGGGAACCCCCCGUCGCCGCGGCCGGCCACCGAAACCCAAGAAUUCCCAAUCAAACACUGUGACGGUCAAAAUCCCACGCCGCCGCGGCCGGCCGAAGAAGCUGAAUGCUACUAAUGUAGUGAAGACGGCCGGAGGGAACGCUCGCCGCCGUGGCCGGCCGCCGAAGAAGAAUCAGCCAGUGAUCUCUGCGGCAUCUAAGGCUGUAGCUAAGGGCGAUGUGACGGCAACCCCUGUAUCCGGAGUGAAGCGAGGGAGAGGUAGGCCUUUGAAGGUGAAGCCGGCGGUGGCCGCAGCGCAGUGAUUGAUCGGAGCGCAGCGUUUGCUAAUGAAAUUUGAUACGCAGUUGUUCAAUUUGAUUUGGUGGAAGUGCUUAUGACAUUAUGCAAGUGGUUUAGGAAGUAGUUGUAUCUAAUUAGCGUACCAGAUGCGUUGUUAGUGACAAUUGACUGAUUUGAUUAAACUGUCUGAAUACUUUCUUCUUCUAAGUUGUGAUAGUUAUUUGUCUCA